GGCUAAAAUAUUUGUUUAUUUCGGUGUUCGUGUAUUCGUUUAUUUCUGUGAAGAGAAGAAUAGAAAUUUGAAUUAUUCAUCGCUGUUUGGGAAUGGAACCAAUUCUUGCUGAUUACUGCUAUGAAGAAAUUCAGUCUUCAUGAUAAUUAUGUCACAAAAAUAUGCCUUCGGAAGCCACCUCACAGCGAUGGGCCAAAAUUAGAGGAAUUAUUGGUAAUGUAUGCAAGGAGCGAUGGAACAGAAUCAGAGACAACUAUAGAAAGGCUUUGAAUCUGCGCAGGACCAAAAGCGACCAAGGUGUAUCAAAUCUGAAAGCUCCAAAAUACUCCCAAGAGCUCUCAUUUUUGAUUCCAUAUUUUACCAAUGAUGAAGAACGGCAAUCAAACCUGUCACCUGAAGGCGUUGACAGUAACCUCGAGGAAGUAAAGGUUGAAACACCUCCUGAUUUUAAUAAUCUAUACAAUAAUGAAGCCAAUGAUACACAAGAUUCACUAUCAAUAUCGUCUGUGAUAUCGUCGCGGACUGUUGGUAAAAAGUCAGAGUGCGCAGCUUCACAAGGUCCAAAUGCAGCCAAUGUCAUUCCAGAAUACUCAUCAGAAACAGCACUAAAUAGAAGCCAGAGUAGUGAUCCUUUACUUCACUUUUUCAUUAAUAUGGCAGAAACAGUUAAGACGUUUCCGGUACCAGACCAAGUUACCAUAAAAGCACAAUUGUUUCAAAUGGUUAAUGAAGUAGAGAUGAGACUUGCGCUUCAAUAACCCCUGUUUAGAUCAAAAAUCUUCCUUUUCCACCUUGUUUCAAAUGUAACCCCCUACCCCUUUUUUUCAUGGCAAUCUGCAUAAGUUUCCUAAGUUACACCUGAAAUUGGAUAAUUA